UGACGUCAUAUUCGCCAUGUUUCAUUCAGAAAGAGGUGUAAAUGUUUUGAAUUUGACAAGGAAGUGAAAUUUACAUCAGAACUAGAGAAAUGAUAUCCUAAAUUAUAGCAGAAACACGGGGAUUCCUUUGUACUAAGUCGUAAUUGAUUGACAGUUCAAAAAUGGCAGUUGGUGGCGGUAGAAACUUUAAUUUCAAAUGCGUUUUGUUGGGAGAAGGUUGUGUUGGGAAAACAUCAUGUGUGUUGAGAUAUGUUGAAAAUAAAUUCAAUGAAAAACAUUUAACAACACUGCAGGCAUCAUUUCUUACUAAGAAAUUAAACAUUGGUGGAAAAAGAGUAACUUUAAAUAUCUGGGACACAGCAGGCCAGGAGAGGUUCCAUGCAUUAGGACCUAUCUAUUACAGAGAUAGUAAUGGUGCAAUUCUAGUCUAUGAUAUCACAGAUGAGGACUCUUUCCAAAAGGUGAAGAAUUGGGUGAAAGAGUUACGGAAGAUGUUAGGCAAUGAUAUAUGUUUAUGUAUAGCUGGUAACAAAAUAGAUUUGGAGAAGGACAGACAUGUCACUGUAGCAGAGGCAGAGUCAUAUGCAGCUUCUGUGGGGGCAAAACAUUAUCAUACAUCGGCUAAACUUAACAAAGGUGUAGAGGAAAUGUUUUUAGAUCUAGCAAAAAAUAUGAUUGAGAAAUCUGAUCAAGAUACAGUUACCCGGCCAGGAAAAAACAGUCGUAAAAGUGUGCUUGUUGUCGACGAUAGCGAAGGCAGCCAACAGCAAGGUGGAGGCGGGGGAUGUUGUUCGUCAUCGUCAUAGCAACCGUUGUAAUGUUUUCACUGUUAUCUUACUGUAACAAGUUAUUGUUAGAUCGGGGAUUUCUGUGAUUCAGUCACUCAAGGUGAUUGCAGAAAUGUUUUUAUGCAGAACAGUGAUGGUUUUGCGUAGAUUUUGUAGACUUAAGCCUUAAGAGAGGAUAAGUUAAUACAAAGGUUUAAAGUCCUAAUAUUUUAAAGUUAUUGCUUUUACAGUAUGGAAUGUUUUCAUGAAAAACAUUUUGGCUGUUGAAUUUUUUACAGAAAAUUUAGUCAGAACUAUUUAUUCGACUAUAAUAUUAUAAUGAUAACAAAAUGAAUUCGCUCAAAAAUGUGUUAUGUUCUUUUCCAACUGGCCUUGUUGGUAAUGAGAGAUGUACUGUGAAAUUAUUUGUUUUUGUUGACAUAAAAAAAAUUUCCACUAAAAUAGUCAGAACAUGAGAGUAUGAAAUCUGAAAGUUGUUCUCUGGGAUUUUCAUGGAUACUUGGAAUCAAGAAAUACAUAGAAGUUUAUCAGUACAGAUUGUUAAUGAUUUCACUGAAUUGAAUUUCAAAAGUUCUGCUCAAGGUAAUAUAUAGUGUAGAUCAAAAUAGUUUCCUUCUUAACUAUAAGAAGCUUUAUUUAAGAUGUUUGUGCUGUAUCUGACAUGCAUAAUAAAUUUUAGUGUAGCUUCAAAAAAGGCUCAAAUAAUGCACUCAAACGGUAGAAAUUGUACUGAAAGUUAUUGGCACAAAUGGAACGAAAAUAUUUAGUGAUUCAAGAAAAUAUUAUGUAAUUCAAGAUGAUUUUUACAGAAUAUUACUUCGGUUUAUGCUGUAAGUCUUAUUCAAUUUAAAAUUGUAUUUUGCAUUGUUUAAAAAGCAUAUUUUUCGAAAUAUUUCAUUAAACCUGUAAAAUAGAAAGUCCCUUGUUAGAAGUUCCGACAGUUGAUAUUGAAUCUAUGUUCAAUUGUUUAGUCCAUUCAGUUAUUCAGUUAUUUUCCAUGUUUUAAGAAAGCAGACACUUCUGUAUAUGAGUCGUGUUCCGUUAUCAUAAUUAUUAUUAACUUCUCUAUCAUAUUGUGUGAGCACCUCUCAAGAACUGAGCAGCGAGAUGGUUUAGAGAGGUCUCAUACCAAUGUUGUGAUUAUCAUUAAACUCCAUCUUAAUCAUUUUUCAAGUUAUAUACAUGUAGUCUACUUUGGAAUCAUUUAUUUUUGUGGGUUUAAAAUGGCAUUUUUAAAAAAAAAAAAAUUUUUUUUUUUUUUUUGACAAAACAUCUAUUUCAUAAGGAUAUGGAUUCAUGGAUUUCAACUGCUGAAAAGAAAAUGAUUGGGAAGUUUUACUCGUUUGAAUUUAUUUUCAUGGAUUGACGAUGCCAUUAAAUCCAUUAAAAAUUAGCCACCCACGAAUAUUAAUGAUUUCAUAGUAUAUGGUAUGUCUGGGUUUCAUAUGAGAGAUUUUGUGACUGAGAUGUCCAAGUUUUUUUAUUGAGGUUUCAUGCUUUUUUGUUAAAAAGUAAACUAUUGCGACUGGUUGUCUGUCCGUUAAAAAGUAACUUAUCGCGACUGGUUGUCUGUCCGUCCACAUUUGCUUCAAAUGAGAUCUCAUGAGACAGUGCUUGACCAGUUAUGACUUCCGUUGGCCAUUCAAAGUUGUUGUCUGUUGACUCACUGAAAACGAAUCAGAAUUCAGUGGACUUUAGUUACAAAGUUAAUGUUGGACUUUGAAAAAAAAUCAUCAAUUUUAUGUAAAAGAGUGAACUGGAACCCAGAUUUUUAUCACACAGGGGACAACACCAGGCUGUCAUAGUCCUUGUUUGUAGCGUUAAACAUGUGUGACAUAGUUUUGUUUUAAUGAUCUUUUUGUUGUUUUCUAAAUAGUUUUGCAAACUUAUAAACAUAAAUUUUUAACCCAGAAUAGCUUUGAACAAUGUUAGUGUGAAUUAUUUAAAGCAGAAAGAUUGUCUGUUUAUAGUAUGUUACAUUUGAUGUAUUCAGCGCAUAAUUAGUGCUAAUGUAGUGCAGUACAAAAGUGCUGUUCAGUGUGAUUGCCAUUUUCUGGCUGCUAUAAAAUCAUUUAAGUUCAUGAGGUAUAAAAUUUCCCAGUUUGGCCCAAAAAUGACUAUUUCAUGGGAGAUAUGAAUUCAUGGAUUUCCUCUUAUCAAAAUGAAGAAUGAGAACUUUCUUAUUUAUUUGGAUUUAAUUUUGCAGAUUGACAUAGACAGGAAAUCCAUUAAAUUAGCCGCCCGUGAAUAUAUGUCUUCACGGUUUCUGAUAACUGUUCUUUAUUAAGCCUUUUAAAAUGAAGAUUACACGUAUAUUGAUAUGGCAAUAUUUGCUAGACGUUGAGUUCAUCGUCUUCGGGAAAGAAUUUGCCCAUCACAACCGUGUGUUAGGGCCUUGCUUAUAUUAGUUUCAUUCAAGUGGGGAAGUUAUUCAGUUUGCUUGUGGGAAGUGGAUGUUGCCUGCUCCCACCUCGGUAGCCUAGAGGUGUAGCGUCUGCUGCUUGUGCAUGAGAUAAUUGGUUCGAUACCUGCCAUCAUCAUACCAAAGAUGUGAAAAGAAGUGCCAGCUUACCUGUCUUUUGCUUUGUGCUGAACAUUAAAAGGGAAAUGGGCUUCUCUUUUUUUUUAUACCUUCAUGGCGUUCGAUUCUGUAUGUAAUGAGGUGUUGAGUGAUUGAUAUAAGUUGUAGAAGUUCUUUCACAGUCAACCUAAAACUUAAGUAGAAUAUAAACUAAAACCUCUAAAUCUUAAAGUAAUGGCAGAAUUGGCCCAUUGAUUCAAAAGAACAAAGUUUUUACUGAACAACAAUCAAAAAAAUGUUUCUAAAUUUAUCUAUUAUAAAAUGGGUCUUCUGCAAUAUUAGUACAUAAAUGCAGAUUGUAGCCAUUUUAUUCUAUACAUAUAUAUUUAUUAACCCUUGAAACCUCAAUAUGUUUAAGUGUAUGUGUUUUUGUUAGGUGACUAUAUGAUCACAAUAUAUUGUUUGUUAAGUGUAAUGCUUUUGUAUAUUAUGCAUGCUUUUAAUAUUAUUUGUAAUUUAAUUAUGAUUAUAAUAUUUGUAAAUGUCUGCUUUUGUGCAUGAUUUCUUUUUUCAGAAAUUGUUAUAUACUGUGACUGUUAGUUACUACUUACAUGUAUAAUGAAGUAUAUGACCAAUCAUGUUUUCAUCUAACAGAAAUGAAGUGUAUGCAUGAUAAUUUUUAGCGCGCAGUUUAGCAGUUAUUUGUAAAUGACAGUAAUUGGUUAAAUUUUUAUAUAUUGGACAGGCUGGUUCAACAUUUAUUUUAUUAUUAUCAUUGAAGCUAGCAGUACCAUUAUAUAAGCAGAGCUGAUGUAAUUCUCAUAGAUUUCACCAUACUGUUGGUGUAAACUUAUUAAAAGUUAUUGUAGAAAGUCAAACAGGUUACUGAAUUUGUAGCAGUUAAUAUACGAAUAUAUAUUAUCUUUGACCAUUUUUUUUUUUUUACAUAAUAAUGGUUUUUUAACAGUUCUUUUUCUAAAGGUAAUAAUUUCAUAGAAAAACAAAAAAAAAUAAAAAUGAUACAAAAUGAUUGAAAUGUUAAUACAGAGAUCUUCAGUUCUGCCAUUCCUAUGUGCUAUAUAUUGUAUAAAGUCAUUAUGAAGAGAAAUCUUCAGUAUUAAGAAACUACGAACGAGCAUAACAACACACCUCAGUUCCUUAAUGCUGAAGAUAUCACUUUUAAGACAGUCUGACUUGGCCCUUCCCAGUUUUUUUCUUCACAACAUGUGUAUACAUCAGUUUCCUUAUUUAGAACAUGUCUAUAUAGAGUCAAAUAUAAGCCAUUCCCAUUUCUGUGCCUGCAAAUCUGGCAAGACGAAAUGUUUUUGGUACAUGUAUAAGUCAGAUGCCAGUGCCAGAUUUGGAAAGAAUGACCAAAUGUGUUUACAUAACCAUAAAUACAUGCAUUUGUAUAUUCUCUAAUGUUACUCAUAGAAGCAAAAAAUUUGCAAAUAAUUAAUCUGCAUCGGACCCAAAGUUUUCUGUGUUAUUAAGUUGAUCUUGGUAUUUUUAUCACAUGUUACCUUUGGAUAAAAAAAGUUAGACAUAUUGUUUGUAUUUUAAUGCCAAAUGUGUCUUAUAUUUUAUUGACAUGUAAUUUUACUUUUAAAUUCUGGAUAUCUGUCAAAUUGAGUAUUUUUACCUGAAAAACUUUGCAAAUUUCCAGAGCAUUGGAUGGGCAAAUUUUUAUAAGGAAAAAAAACAACAUAAAAAUGGUUCUGCAAUUUAGACAGCAAAUUCAGAAAAUUAUUGGAGAAGUGUAUAGGUGGUUUAAUUUGGUCACAUAAUGUAGAACUUACGUAAUGGUGAUGCAAAGAAAUAGUAAUUAUACAAAUGAUCAGUGUGUUUGCACUCCAGAUUGGUUAUAGAAAUUAUGUAAUUUAUUUGUAGUUUAUAUAGACAAAUAACAUAAUGCAAAUAUUCUGGUUAAGUUACAUGAAUCAUGUAAUUGUGCUGUAAGGAAAUAACAGUGUCAUAUAAAGUACAUCUGAAGCUAAUAAUGGAUUGCACAGUUCCAGGACAUUAGUAAUUGUAAUGUAUUUGGACAAAAAAAUACAGUUUAACCUAAUAAUGUUUAUGUUAUUUCUUGAUGUACUGAAUGAAUGAGAAAUUGUACCAGAAAAUUGAUAUUGCUUGAGACGUUCCUUAUGAGCACCACAUUUUCCAGUGUUGUUGUUGUUAUGAAAUCGAUAUAUUUUUGUCUUUUUUGUCCAUCUAAUUGAAGUAUUGUACAGAGUGUAAAUACGAAUUGACCAUUAUUGAAAAGAAAAUAAAUUUGUAACAAAUU